CAGCAGCAUCAGACGCUGCUGGUGGGGUGGAUGGUUGGUUGCUGGCAUUCUAGUGCAGUGGUUUCUUCCGCGGUGACUCGUCUAUAGUUGCUUAUAAAUAUAUACCAACCGACUGAACCGAGGCUUCUCUGACUCAUAGGGACAUGUAGCCGUGCUACGGGUAAAAAUGUACAGAGAGAGAGAGAGGAAGUGAGUGAAGCCUCUAACUAGUAUAUAUAUGCUUUUCACGCGUGCUACAGUCGAGUACGCAGAUAUCACACAGACGUGUGUAAGUGCAGCCGAUCGUGAAACCAUGAUACAUGUUCAUGCUGUGUGUUGUGAUCUCGUGUCGUGAUAGUGGUCGUGUAGGCUGGUUUAACACUGUGCCGUGGGUUCGUUUCCUAAUGUGUAUCAUACACGCGCGCGAACGUGUGUGGCAUUAACAACCCCUCACUAUAUUUGAUCAACUUGUGCGUGUGUGUCCGUUCAUUCCCAUGUAUUUCGCGACAGAGAAAUGGCAUGUGGAUACGAACAUGUGAUAUGUUAUCAGUUAUUCCGUGUAAAGGCAACCCUACGCACUGCGGUAACCCGACAUUGAUGCAAAACGUACGCGGCAAGAAAUGAGAAGCAACAAGUGCUGUACGUGCGUGUGUGUGUGAUUGGUUACUCACUCCAAUAUUUGACAACGCCCUGUACAGAACAACACGACUGGACCGCAUGGCAUAACGUGCAGCACAGAAGAUAUCUGACACGACAUGGCUGCCGGUAUGUCGUUCAACUUCUCCGGGAUGGGAGGGAAGUUUGGGAAUUCUUCAGGAAAUGACGCGGAGUGGGAGAAUUCAGGAGGAGAUCUGCUUGUGAAGAUGUCAAAGAAGAUCGCUCAGCUGACAAAGGUCGUCUACGCGCUGAAUACUAAGAACGACGAGCAGGACGUGUACAUCCAGAGCCUCCGCGAGGCUCACGAGGGGGAGGUGCAGCGCGUCGUCAACGACACCGACGGAAAGCUGCACAACUACAGGGCCGUGGCGACGGAGAACAAGCGAGGGAUGGAGGCGGAUUUCUGUUGCAGCCAGCUGCUGAGUUACCACCCAGUCGGCGACGACGACGACGCGGACCGCGUGGAUGAGCUGGCGGCCCACUGCGACACGCUGCAGCGAUGUGUCGAGCAGACGGAGGCAGAGAGGAAGCGCGCGGAGGAGGAGUGCGCGGGGAAGAUGGAGAAGAUGAAGGCGUUCUAUGCGGAGGAGGCUCGCGCGGCGCGGGAGGAGGCACUCGCGCAGAAGGACGAGCAUCUGCGGAUGCUGGAGCAGGACCUGGAGUACCUGCACGCCAGAGAGGGAGAGCUGCGAGCGGCGAUGGACCAGCGCGUGGGCGAGGUAAACGACCGCGUUGAGAGUCUCGCGCAGCAGCUGACACACAGCAAGGAGGAGGAAGCCACGCUGAGGGAGGAGGUCUCCUCCCUGAAGGAGAAGCUCAAUGCCAGCGAGGAGGAAUCCAGAAAAGCCCAGCAACAGAUUAAAGAUGGGCUGGCCAAGAAGUCUGAGCUUGAGUGCAGGCUGAAGGAAUCAGAGAAUGAAUUUGCUCAGAUGGUGGAGAAGUGUGCAGAGAUGGACAAUCAGUUAAUGAACAAGAACAGUAAGUGAAGCAGACACUUCGGC